GUUAACGGGGCGCGCCGCUAGGAGUCGCUGUUUUGCGACGAAAAGGCUUUUUCAGCUGUUUUCCGGUGACAGCAGGGGAAUGACAGCCCCGACAAACACGGCCCUACUUCCAUUCAAGCCGACUCCAAAACAUCGACAAAAACAAGGAGCUGCCAGCUAUUGGACUUCAGGUUCUGUGUUUGGGGAAUUUCUUCUUUAUGUGCCACUGGAAGCAGCAGCAGCAGCAGCAGCAGCAGCAUGGCAGAUGACAAGGACGUGCUGAGAGACGUUUGGUUCGGCCGGAUCCCCACCAGUUUCACCCUGAACCAGGAUGAGGUUACUGAGAGAGAGGCCGAGCCCUACUAUCUGCUGUUACCCAGGGUGAGCUACCUGACUCUGGUUACAGACAAGGUGAAGAAACACUUCCUCAAGGUGAUGAGGGCUGAGGACGUGGAGGAGAUGUGGUUCGAGUACGAAGGGACGCCGUUGAAAUGGCACUAUCCAAUUGGAGUUCUGUUUGACCUCCACGCCUCCAACACCGUCUUACCGUGGAGCAUCACUGUGCACUUUAAGAAUUUCCCAGAUAGCGACCUGCUCCACUGCCCGUCCAGCUCUGUGGUGGAGGCUCACUUCAUGUCCAGCAUCAAGGAGGCCGACGCUCUCAAGCACAAGAGCCAAGUCGUCAACGACAUGCAGAAGAAAGACCACAAACAGCUGUGGAUGGGCCUGCAGAACGAUAAGUUUGACCAGUUCUGGGCCAUGAACAGGAAGCUGAUGGAGUAUCCCACCGAGGAGGGCGGCUUCAGAUACAUCCCCUUUAGGAUAUACCAGACGAUGAGCGACAGGCCGUUCAUCCAGAGGCUGUUUCGCCCCGUUUCACCUGAAGGCAACUUGCACACACUCGGCGACCUGAUGAAGGAGAUGUACCCCGCUGCUUUACCAAACGACGGUGAGGCGAAGCGGUACCAGGUGGUGAUCCACGGUAUCGAACCUCUGCUGGAGACGCCCCUGCAGUGGCUCAGCGAACACCUCAGCCACCCGGACAACUUCCUGCACAUCUGCGUCAUCCCCACACCCACCGACUGAGGCCACGCCCACCCGCUCCUCACUGUCACCGUGACGACCAGCCGACUCCGCCCUCUUCCGCCAGCCGGCUGGGUAACUCCCCGAAAAACAAACAAACAAAAAAUAAAAACGGUACCGCUCGGAGGUGGAACUAACAAACUCUGUAACGAGAAGGAGACGAGAUGCUUAAAACGAUGAACAAAAGGAUGCGAGGGAGGAAUCUCACAAACCUCCUUCUCCCGUCUUGUCAUCUGUUUAUAUUUCUACUCCUCCCACAGCUCCUCCUCCUCUUCUCCUCUCGGAAAACUUGUUCAUAGGACGCGAAGGAUGAAAAGAUCUUCUCGUCCUCCUCCCGCUCCAUUGAAAAGAAAGACAUGUCUGUAGCUGGAGAGGUGGUUGAACGAGCCUCCUGUUUUUGUACUCUCAUCCUCUCCUCCUCGUACGCCUCCCCAAACAAACAAACAAACAAACAAACAAACAAACAAACAAACGUCUCCAUGAGGAGGAGACGAGGUGAACGGAUUCCUCUUUUCUUCAUCCCGCCGUACAUCCUCUUCCUCGUCUCGUCCAAGACACAGGGACUGACCUGUGGACGUGGAGACUUGGAUUGUUUGGGAUUUGAGGAGAGGCGUAUCCAGUCCUGCUGAAGUUGCCUUAGUUAACACAGUCAUGCGCUUACAUCAUCAUCAUCGUCAUCAUCGUCAUCAUCAUCUUCUGCUUCUUCAUCAUCCGGACACACAAAGCUUACAUUGUUUUUUUUUAACUAUUUGACAUUAACGUUGGAAUAAGAACUCUGCGCUGAUCAUCUAAUUAUUAGAGUUAUUUUAAAAGAAAAAAACAACUUAACAAGCAGUCAAAAUGUAGACGUGUCAUCACCUUAAAUCUCAUCUUUAACUCAAAGACUGUGUAUCUGGUGUUUUUUAAUCUUCAAUUUUUCGCCACUUUCACGCGUCUUGAGUUUGUUUCCUUCAACGGUUACACGCUCCUCUGUCGCUGACGGGAUAUCACAACCGUCAAGCCCAGAUACAGGAACUAAAUAUGACGUUUACUUUGUUGUGUUUGCCAAAUUCUUCUGAGAGAGUAAACCAGCCGGUUGUGAGACGAAGGCGUCGCGUGGAACAGCGCCGCACGUGUUUUCAAUAGCAGGUGUUGAUUUAUCUCCCGACAAUACGACACAGUUUAGCCGUUUUACUGUCUGUUUUUGUCAGAUUUGGCCCGAGCCUCUUUGUCUGCAGCCAAACUUAAAAGAGCAUCUGGUUUUGUUUCGGUUUAAGAACUCAGCUUAGAUAAUGAGACGGCAGGAACGAUUAGCAUUAAGUCUGCAGGCCGUUGGGGGGCCGCAGACGUUCCACAUUCAGCUUUCGGUGUCAAAUGUGAAGUUUGUGGACAGAAACCGAACAGGCAGAAGGAUGUAGUCAGCUUACUUUGCUGGUUGUUGUGACCAUAAUUAAUUAAUCGAUCACUGUUUUUUGUUUUUUUGUUUUUAGCGUUGUGUAUCAGCAUCUUUUUUACAUUCAUACUGAAAUAAAAGUUUAAAAAACAUGCAGCGAUGUUACUCCAAAUGACUCCAAAUAAAAGUAUGUUGAUUCAAACAUC